AAAAGUUUUAAAAAUAGUCUCCUUGAAUCAAAAAUAAGAAAAUGAGUAUUCGUAGUUGCCUAACUAUCAAUUAUAUAAAACAUGUUGAAAAAUACCAUACAUAACCUAGAAAAUCAUACAACCACACAAGCUCCUUUGCCAAUGUGGAAAGUUGUUAUAAUAUAUCUAAAGAAAACUAAUUUCUUUUUUAUUAGUGGUUCUGAACAAAAUAAACAAACAUGUCCGUGUGGAACGUUCGAAAUUUAAUGUCACCACCAAUUAACAGUGUGAAAUGUAUCACAGAAAACAUUGAUAUUGUUAGACUGAGACAAAGUUUCGAAGAUGCCAAAGAGUUUUACUCGUCCUGUUACAUAUUAUAUACAGAGGCAGCACUUCUCUCAACAACAAUAUACAGAAUGAAACUGAAGUUUAGAAUGCACAAGGAUUUUAAGUACAUGGAAAAAGUAAGCAAGUGCUUGGAGAUAUUUUUCAAAAUGAACUUGUCCAACCACAUAAAUUAUUUCCUUCAAUUAAUUCCUGGACCUGCAAAAAAAGUUAGUUAUUUACCCACUAGAGAUAUGUUAGAUUAUAUUUUAGUGAGAUUGCAAGGAUUGUCCAAGCUGCUGGUUCGAAUUGUGGAGACUAGUAAAAUAGCUGCAGACUUGUUACAACAAAAACUGCACACUGGAAACUUUUGGAUGAUCACACUACUUUCGUUUUCUAUGGUUUCUAGAGUGUAUGUUAUAGCCAGAUAUAUGGCUAAGUUCACUUGUAACAUUUAUGAUAAAAUUAUACCAUUCAGAAAUAAAUUGCAUAACACAAGUAGCAAUAAUUUUCUGCCACAAGAUUAUAUUCUUCCAAAAGAUUUAAGACAUUGGUUGAAUGUAGAUUGGAUUGAUGAGGAAGUUAAAAUUAUUGAGAUUGAUGAUGAACUUCUGUCGAUAAAAUUCUUUGAUUUGGUUGACGAGGAUGAUGAUGAUGUGGAAUUUUGCAAAGAAUAUAUAGACAUUAAAGAUGAUGAUGAUGAUAAAGAUGAUGAGGUCCAACUAACUGCAGCCGAUAUUGUAAAAAAAGUUAAAAAAAAGAUGGAUGUGACUGUUUUAAGAGGAUUUGUUGAUGACGAUGUUGGAGAAGUUAUUGAUUUGGCUGAAGAAAGUAUGCAAACAGACAAAUCUAAUACAGAAGCACAAAACAAAGAUACUCCUGUGGAAAUAAUAUUGGAUGAUACUGACGCAGGUGAAGAAUUAUUAGCCAUAUCAGAUACAUCUGAAAUUGAAGUUAUACAAAAUACAAUAGAAGAAUCCAAAUCAACAACAACAAAUAAAAGAAAGAUAGGAAUUGAAUUAAAAAAUCAACAAUCUAGACCCAAGAAGAAAAAGAAAAAUUCAUCUGAUGGAGAAAAUAUAUCACCAGCAAAACAAAAACAGGUUAAAAAAGUUACUAAAAUGGAAGUUGAUUUGUCACAAGAAACUAAAAUAAAGAAAAAGAAGAGAAAUAGUAACAAUUUAUUGAGGAAAGCAGAACAAGAAAGUCCUAAUAAAAAACAGAAAAAGGAAUCCAAUGUAAAAUGUAAGUGUAAAAUAAAAAAUCAGUUAAGGACUAAAAAGAGGAAAGUGAUAAAAUGCAAACUUUGUGCAAAGUAAAUAAAUGAUUGAUUGAUCACUGUUAAUUAUUAAAAUAAAUAAAAAAGUUGUUUUUGUAAAAGUGAUUUAUUUAAACAAUAAAUAACAAUUGGUGAAUUUUAA